UGUAAAAAUCUAUUCAACUAUUCAAGAUAUUAAUUUUCAGUUUAUUAAUUGUAUCCCGUAAAAAUCAAGUCGUACAAAAAUAAAGUUGAAAAUAGCAAAUGAGCGAAAAAGUUUUAUCUAUAAAACGUAUUCGUAAUGACAAGUAAAAUAAACAUAUAGCAUGCUGAGCAUACAGCAACACCGACAAACUAUAUAUUUUUUAAAUUUAAAUGUUGCUUCAUACAUACAUGAGAGGAAAGUAUGUUAUAAAAGCACAAAAGUGAAAAUUCGAAUUAAUAAGGAUCAUUUUUGUGAAGUCGACACUAGCGUCGACUGGCAUCGACGUGAACCGAAACAGGCCGUCUCGCGUAACUGAAAUUCUGUAUGAGAAGAACAAAUUCGGAAAUCGUUCAUUACGUGAGAAAAUUAAGAAACAACAUGGUUAAAGGAACACGAAAACGUGUACAAAUAAAAAAUACAAUUCGUACAAGAGCUGCCGUAUUAUCCACACAAUGUAGUGACAUGAAUUCACCAAUGAAGAAGGAGGCCAAACUAGAUGAUAAUAAAAAUGUAAAGAAUGAUCAUUCAGAUGUAGUCCAUACAGUAUCUGAAGCACAUAAAUCAUCUGUGUGCAUAAGUUCCUUUUUUUAUACAGUAAAUGUUUCAAAUUCAGAUGUUUCUAAGAGCAAAACUUCCAUAGUGCCUACUGAAGAAAGGUUCUACAGAAGUGAACAAACUAGAAUUGUACAAAAUGAUAUUCUCACUGAUGUUGGUCACUUCAGAACAGAUGAAACACCUGUAGCAGUACCUAUUCAUGGUCCAUCAACACCGCACAGAAUAAAAAUGCCAAACAAUCAGUUAGAAGAUUUAGAUGAAGGGAAUACAAAUGAUGAUAAGCUUAAAAAGCCUGUAGUGAUGCCUACACUUACUUUAGAGCAACAGCCUUUAAAGAAGCCUGCUAACCGCGGCCAUAGAAAAUUAAAUGGCACUUAUAUUGCCACAAAUCGUUCAAUAGAUUUCCCAAACACUAAGAGUACAAAUCAUAAGCUUACCGACUACUUUCCAGUACGCCGCAGUGUAAGAAAAUCUAAGAAAGCUGUAUUAGAAGAAAAGCAACGUGAUAUGGAGAAUAAAGUGCUUUGUCAAGUAGAGGAAGGUUUAGAGGUAAGACAUUUUGCUGGCAAAGGUCGUGGAGUUAUAACAACGAGAGAAUUUACGAAAGGAGAAUUUGUAGUAGAAUAUAUCGGUGAAUUAAUCGACCAAAUAACAGCAAAAAAGCGUGAAAAAAUAUAUGCACAAGACCAGAAUACUGGAUGUUAUAUGUAUUAUUUUCAACAUCGUAAUCAUCAGUAUUGCGUCGAUGCAACAGCAGAGACUGAUAAAUUAGGUAGAUUAGUAAAUCAUUCAAGAAACGGUAAUUUAGUCGCUCGAGUUAUAGAAGUAGGUACGACGCCUCAUUUGGUACUUACGGCAAAAGAAAAUAUACCUAUUGGGGUGGAAGUAACAUAUGACUAUGGAGAUCGAAGUCGCGAAGCUAUUCGUCAUCAUCCAUGGUUGGCAUUAUAG